UCUUCAGUCCUGCUGCUCUUCGAGCUCUCCAGAUGUUCCUCCGCCUCUGAUUCGCUCUUCCCCUCUCUCUCUCACACACUUCUUCGCCUUCCAUCGUCCGCAAGCACACCUGUACGCCGAGUAGCCGGUCUUCAGGUAACCGAACGUAAGGAAUCGAAACCAAAACGGCUCAGCUAAGUCGCGAGACAGUACUGCGCGCGUUGAUUCUCAAUACAAACGUGAAAAAGUGCCGGAAAUUCACCGGAAAAUCCUGGAAAUGACCGGCUGAACCUUCGGGAAGAUGACCAAGAGCAAGACUCACCGCGCCAAGGCGCUGUUCCAGGUUGCCGAGGUGCUGUGGCAUCUGGACAUCUUUCGCAGGAGUUUUAGAGACCUGUCCGGCCAUGCGUGCAUGGCUGAUUCCUGCAUUUUCUGCGCUCUCAAGGAGCUCUUCGGCCAGCUUCAGACCUCCAGAGAGUCAGCCCUGGCUCCAGAUGCCCUUCGCCGUGCCCUCGCUGACACUUUCAGCGACCAACGAAGGUUCCGAUUGGGCGCCAUGGACGAUGCUGCUGAAUGCUUCGAGAACAUCCUGGGUCGUGUCCACGCUCAUCUGGCCCACAGACAGUCCGAGGAGCAAUGCGCUGCUCAGCACUGCGUGCCCCACAGGAAGUUUGCGAUGAGGCUUGAGGAGAGAGCCGCAUGCCAGAGAUGCGGCGCUACCGGUGGAGGUGGUGGGGAGGCUAUGACGUAUACUCAGAUGGUUCAUUACGUUUCCACCUCUACGUUGGUCUAUCAAGUGAGAGCCAAUGUUACUGGCUCACCCGUUACAUUUGGUCGGCUAUUACAGAAAGCUGCAAACAUGGGAGAUGUUCGACAAUGCCCGAGCUCUUGUGGCGCAGUAAUCCAAGUAACCCGAACCCUAACGAACCGCCCCGAAAUCGUCUCCAUAGGCCUCGUAUGGAACUCCGAACGACCCACCUUGGAGCACAUCAUGGAGGUGUUCUCCACCAUAGGCACCACGUUGCGCAUGAACGACGUCUUCACCAGCGUGGUUGACUCCAAAUGGGCUGAUACGUCCCUGCACCAUUUGGUGGGCGUGGUGACGUACUAUGGCAAGCACUAUUCGACCUUCUUCUUCCACACCAAGCUGAAGGUUUGGAUAUACUUUGACGAUGCUAAUGUGAGAGAGGUUGGACCUAGGUGGGAUCAGGUGGUUGAGAAGUGCAGAAAGGGGAGGUAUCAACCUCUAUUGCUGCUCUAUGCUCUGCCAGAUGGAACUCCUGUCAAUACAGAAUCAGCACCAAAACACAUCACUCCAAUGUACAACGAGAAAAAGCCUCCGCAAUCGGUUUUGAGGAGGUCCAUCACACCCAGUCCUGAAAAACCUUCAAUAGGUACUACUCGUCGUGCCAUAACGCCAAACCCCGAUGGUAGCCCCGUCAAGCCCCCCAAACUCCUCAACGAGUACCAGAACCUCUCAGUAAUCCAGAAGACGAUCACCUAUGGAGGUGGUACCGACAUGGUCGAUGGUAGGAAGGCCGAUUCCGAGUACAUGGCCAAGAAGGCAUUGGAUUUCGGCAAACCGUACGUUGGGGUUCACAGAACACUGAGCAGUGGGUCUUCGUCUGGUGUGGAAAUUUCGGAUCAUAUGAAUAUUCCUAGGAGGAGGGAUAGCGGGAAUUGGAGUGGAGACAGGAACAGCGCAUCGUCUGCGUCUUCAACUACUAUGGAGAAUCCGUACCUGUACCUCGUCGGAAAGGUACCCCAUGUGCCAGGCAGUCCAACUCGCCUCAAAAGCGACUCCUCAAGUGGCAGUAGCGGAGUUUACGACGCAGGCUACGACUCUUACUCGCUAUCUUCGAAUGACAGUUCUACCAUGACGACCCUCCAACACCUCAUAAAGAUGGGUCAUCUGGCCAAGAUCCCUGAAGACUACAACACCCAGACUAAACAGCCCAUCACCCAAAGCUGCGACGUCCUCUGCGACGAAGCGGACGAACUCCUGGUGAAGAGCAGGCAGCUGGAGGACGAGCACGACCUGGUACUGGCGUUGGCCCUUUGCAAUGCUGCUGCCACCAAGGCACGUGCUGCGAUGAACGCGCCGUACAACAACCCACAGACGCUUACCCUCGCCAGGAUGAAGCAUAACACUUGUAUUAUGAGAGCGAGGAGUUUGCACAGGAGGAUGACUCAGACGCAAGCUGCGAAUAAGGACACGCCAGUGGAGAUUCGGCAUACUAGGGAGGGAAGUAGUGGGAGCGGGAGACAUUCCAGACAGAAUUCUAGGGAUAAGGGCAACCACUCCAGACAGAACAGCAAAGAGUUGCUCAUUACGGAAAAAGAAAAAUCCCCUGUCGCUAAAAACAUCGAGAUCUACGCCACCUUGCCCAAAAAACGUGACUCUCCUAAAAACAGAGCUCCGGUCACAACAAUAGAUGACGAGUACAUGCUAUACAACAAACCGGCUGGUCGGGAGUCCAGGUCCAUCUUCUCAAGGUCAAAGUCGAAAGAGCCCAAGGUCAGAGAAAAACGAUCCAGGAGCGAAGACCGAAGCAAGAUCUCAAAGGACUUCUCCAUAGGGCCGGAGAUCGCUAUAGGAAAAGAAGCUCAAAAGAAGAAGGAUAAGGAAGAGAAAGAAGAAAAGGAGAAGAAAGAGAAAGAAAAGGAUAAGGAGACGAAGUCGAAGAAGCAGCACAAAAUUCGUAGGAAGCUGUUGAUGGGUGGAUUGAUAAAGAGGAAGAAUAGGAGCAUGCCUGAUUUGACAGAUGCAAAUGCAGUUGGUGACCCGCAAGCGCCACCUAGCGUUACGGUGGAUGACAGCAAGAUUGGACUAAAUGGUUCCCCGGAGAAGCAACCAUUGAUGAGCGGCUACUUAUCGGAGGGCCACCUAGAGUUUGUCGGCAGCAAUCCGAACCCAAACCUCGAGCGUAGCAAACUGAUGCGGAAGAGCUUCCAUGGCAGUGCCGGAAAGAUCCUCACAGCUGCCAAGGUACCACCUCCACCUCCAAUCAGAACCACUUCGCAACUUAGCAAGUCUAAGUUGGACAUCGAAGAAGUAAACAGCGAAAGCGACAAGUCCACCGGAUAUGGGUACUACCAGAACGCUGAGGAGUACCAUUAUGUCAAUCACCAAGCACCUGCUUCCUUGCCGUACUACCACCACAACAGUUCGCACAGCGACGACAGUUUCUACGGACAGAGCCUCAAUACUACUUUCGUGACGAGAGCGGAUGUUCAUCAAGAGCAGUCUCCAGCUGAGAAUGAAGGGGUAGAUGAAGUCGACUGUCUUCCAUCCCAUGUGGUCCAAAGUGAACUACCUCCAUAUCCUAGCCCCUUAGGGUCCGUCAUCCACUCCAGGCAGAGCAGUGAGGAAUUUCCACCUCCACCGCCACCCCUCGAUCUAUCAGCUUUGGACGAAUACCUCCCACCUAUUUCUGAGCCCAGUACUCUGCUCACCGAGCUCCAAAACAAACGUCAAGAGAUCAUGAGCGAAUCUCCUAAGUACAAUCUUGCAGCAAUAAUUACCAAACCAAGCGGUGACACUUGGUUAAAGGAGCUUCAAGCUAAGCAAGCGGCUCUGAAAAGCAAGAAAGAUCAGUCUCAAAUUGGACAAGAUGUUGUGAAUACUCAAAGGUACCGACCGGACGAACUGAAGAAAUCUGUGAAGGAUCUCGCUUCGAAAUUUGAGGUUAGCGAGCAAAAACCUGGUCCAGACAACACAAGAGAAACUAUACCUCCAGAACAAAUAGCAAAGGAGAUACAAGAGGUAGAGAUGAUCAAUGCUGCAGUUCAAAAGACAUUGGGCGAGAAUAAAGAUAGCGAUGAGGAAAAGAAGAGGUUGUCUAAGAAGAAGAGUGUGUCUUUCUGUGAUCAAGUAAUUUUAGUAGCAACUGCUGACGAGCAAGAGGAUGAUGCGUAUAUUCCAAAUCCAAUCUUGGAGAGAGUGCUGAGAACUGCAAUGAACAAACCUGAAGCAGCUGCCAUAAGGCAAGAAAUCAUGUCCUUGCAAAAUGGUAUUGCUGAAAAAAUGGAGGAAACUACUCCUAUUCAACCAGCUCCUAUUCCAGCUCAGCCUAGAAGAAACUCCCUUGACAACAUUCUGACUAGGUCCGAGCCUCAGCCAAUACCACCUAUGGCCCAAAAUGGCCACCAGUCUCCAAUAUAUGGUCAACAUCCUGGACAUUAUCCAAACCAAGGUCCACAAAGUAUUCCUCAUCAGCAGUACAACGACAAUGUUCCUUCUCACAUAAAUCAUGUGCAAAACUAUAACCCAGUACAAAAUACUCAAUACGGUAUUCAAGGGAACUACCCUAAUCCCAGGGUACACCCUCAGCACGAAAGCCAUAAUUCUUACCCUAGGAAUCCCAAUACUCAGCCACAAGAACCCCAUGGGCCGUACUUGCUAUACAAACCCCCGAACGGUUUGGAUCAAUGUUGCAUGGAUAGCCAUAACCCUCAAUGGAAUAUGCAGCAGACGCCAUACAGACAGUCUCCUUAUCAACCAGUUCCUCAAAAUUCUCCGAUCUAUGGCAACAAAAUGAACCAUCCAAGUCCUCAAUUUCAUCAGCAGAUGUACUCAGCUCAAAUAAGGCAAUCAACACCGAGCCCGAUGAAUGGGUACCUGCGGUACCCACCUUCCCCUACCCCAUCUACUAACUCUAAUUGUAUCAACGCCCAAAACAUGUACAGAAGACCUUUAGAGGAACAGGCUUAUCCUCAAAAUAGAUACGCGCCACCACCUGUCGAUCAGUGUUGCAUGAACCAACUUUGCGAUUUUGACAACAGACAACCAGAGCAACAUGGGUACAUGCCUCCGCAUGACAACUCGCCUUAUCAGAGAGUACCUGCUUUGCCCACGCAGCCUCAAACCGAUCAGAACCACAACAGAAGUUAUGAGUACUCUUCUGGGGCACCUCAAAACUUCGUUUAUCAACGAGUGCCACCAAACGGAGUGUAUCAAAGGCCUCCGUAUCAAAACGAGGUGUAUCAGAGGGUACCACCAAUGCACCCAGAUCCAGAAAUGCAACAGAAGUACCCACCUUAUCAACCGGUGCCCUCGCCUAAACACAUAUUGAAGAAAUCGGUUAGUUUCGAACCAGGCACUAAGGGUGGAGCAGAAUCGCCUACUCCUAAAGCGGUGGUCACGCCGAUCAUCGUGAAUAACGCAAACAACAGCGUUCCGACGGAUAAAACAAAGUGCAAUUUGUGCAGAAAGAAAAAUGUGGUCGCUUCGAACUUGUACUGUCAAGACUGUGAGUAUUACAUGUCAAGGUUUAAGCCUCGAAGCUAGCAAUCGGCAUUGUAAUUUUUCUAUUGUGAAAUUGUGAUAUUGUAUAUACUCGUUUUGAAAGUUUUUAUAGAAAGAUUUACGGAGAUCUCAUCACAGUUUAUUUUUAAGAGAAUAAAAUUUGUAUUAUAUAUUUUUGUAUAAAAUAUGAGAAGAUAAUUUAAUAAAACUUUUAAUUCUAA